GCGGGGCGCGGGGCAGGCGGGUGGGCAGGCGGCUCGGGCCGCACUGUAGCCGCGGGCGGGCGAAGGGGCAUGCGGCCGGCGGCCGGCCCCCCAGCCGGAGCCCCAGCCCGAGCCCGCACCCCAGCGCCGCGCCGCGCCCCGCGCGCCUAGGAGCGGGCACCUUCCCUGCGCCGGCCCGGACCCCCGCGUCCCCCAGCCCCUGGAGUCGGACAACUGUUGCGGGGCCCGGCACCGCGGGGCGUGGGUGGCCCCGGCCCCAGCAGGAGGCUGAGCCCCGCGGGCGCGGCUCCAGGCGGCGGAGCAAGGAGCGAGCGGCGGCGGGCACGAGGCAGCUCCGGACGGCCCCAUGCAAGCCAAACGAUGACCAGUUGUGGCCAGCGGUCCCUGAACGUGCUCACCGUCCUCUCGCUGCUGGUUCCGGCAGUCUUGUCCGCGCAUUUCCGGGUCUGUGAGCCGUACACGGACCACAAAGGCCACUACCACUUUGGCUUCCACUGCCCCCGGCUCUCGGACAACAAAACCUUCAUCCUCUGCUGUCACCAUAACAACACGGUGUUUAAAUACUGCUGCAACGAGACGGAGUUCCAGGCGGUGAUGCAGGCGAACCUCACAGCCAGCUCCGAGGGCUACGCGCACAACAACUACACCGCCCUCCUGGGCGUCUGGAUCUACGGCUUCUUCGUGCUGACGCUGCUGGUCCUGGAUCUCCUGUAUUACUCGGCGAUGAACUACGACAUUUGCAAGGUUUACCUGACGCGGUGGGGCGUCCACGGACGGUGGAUGAAACAGGACCCGCAGCGGUGGGGGAACCCUGCCCCGCAGCCCCCGCCUCCCCCCGGCCCCCUGCCACCAGCCCCCCAGGCCGUGCACACGCUGCAGGGAGACCCCCACAGCCCGCCGCUGGUGACCUUCCAGAGUUCGUCUGCCUGAAAACCCUUUCGCCGUGCCUCAGGACUGGGAGCUGAGACCGAAGUGCCCGGCACAGCCUCCACGGAGAACAACUUCCACAGAGACGCCAGGAGGGAGAGCGGAGGCGGCCGCGGCAGUGGCAGAGGAGAGAGGACCGCCUGUACCCCGAACCUCGUUCUGCAGACUUCUAAGACUAGGAGCAAACUCAGGAGUGGGGGUCCCGGGGUGCAGGGAGGGGGUUCUGAGCCACCCGUCCACAAGCAAUAGUCCCAUUUUGGGCUGGUGGCUUCUGAGAGGUGAUGCCACUGUGGACUCGAGGUGACCAGCGCAGAGCUGCCCUGGCCAGCUCCGGCCGGAAGGAUGGAGGCCUGUGCGCCAUGUCCACGGUUCCCUCGCCUCCGUUCCCCCCGAUAGUGGCUCGUGGGCCUGUGCCUGUCAGAAUACCGAGUGUGUGUGCGCGUGUGCGUGAGUGUGCGUGUGUGCGCAUGUGUGAUUUGGGUGUUCUUUUUGUUUGUUUGGUUUUUACUGGAUCCCUCCACGUUCUCGGGUGGGCGCGUGCCGCCAUGUGGGGGGGUCCUUGCCGGCACCCGGGUCCCAGGGUUUUGCUGCAACUGGCAGCUGUGAGCCGGAUGGCGUCGGCAAGCUCAGGGCCCGGCCCUGCUGUGUCUUGGGGGGACGCCGGGACUUGAAACCUCCAGGGAGGGUUCAUUGUCACAGGAGUCGGUCCCAUAACAACAGGCACCAGGUCGGUGUGUGCACAGAUUCUCUCUCCACCCGUGAGGGAGUGCGGGGGGCCGCCUGCAGAAACCACUCCGGGCAAGGAGGGUGCCAGGGUCACAUACACAGUGACAGGGGCCAGCCCCUCGGUUUGAUGUCGGGGGUGUAGGAACCCAGAGUCCAAGCUUCCAGCCCAGAGCACUCCCAGCAUAGUCCGGGGACACCUCCCGGUCGCUUCCCAGUGGACGAGCCACCCCCCAAGUUCUCCACCACCACGGCCCAGACCCCGGUUCACGCAGCACACUCUGUGAGCACCUGCUGUGCCCGGCCCACGCUGGGUGGUGCUGGGGAGAGAGAGGAGUCCCGCGGUCCUCACUCCUGCCCCGGGGAGCUGCCACCGGGAGACGGCGGGGGGAGUGGGAGGAGAGAUAGACACACAGCUCUUUUCCAGACAGGGUGACGAGCAGUAUGGAAACCCAGAGGGGAAGGUUCUAGAAACCCUUCCAUUUUCAGGUGGGACUGUCACACAGUCCUGGAUGCCCGUAACGUUCACCCACAGAGCUCACCACGGCCACUGCCCACCUGUGCCCCGGGCACACAGGCGGGUGUCACCCGGGAAGGGAUCACGUCAGCCCCGAGGGCCAUGCUGCCAGUGUAGACACACGCGCCCAGGGGUGUCAGGGAUGCUGACAGCGCCCCGGGGCCUGCUCAGUAAACCGCGUUCCCCUCGGGUCGCGCGUCCUCGCUCAGCCAGACCCAGUGUUCCCGCACCCAGACUCCAUCACACAGCGUGAGCAGGCGGGCCCUGCCAGCCGGGCAGAGGGGACGGAGCAGAAGAAGGAGGGCCCGAGGGGGCGGGCAGGGGGAGCGCUGUGCCGGGAAUCCAGUCACAAUACGUGUGUGGGGGCCGCGUGGAGCCCGGGCCACCUGGGAAGGCCUUUCUAAGUGGGUGCCAGGCAAGCCCAGGUCUGAGCGCUGAGCAGGAGCCAGCCAUGGGGCAGGCAACGAGCAUCGCAGGUGGAGGGAAUAGCCGGUGCCAGGCCCUGAGGCAGCAGCAGGCUCCGUCGUUUGGGGAAUCGGAAGAAAUCUGGGGGCUGGGCCCCGCGGGAGCGCGGGGCGGUGAGGGUGAGGGUGAGGGUGAGGGUGUGGGUGAGGGUGCGAGAGCCCAGGCCAGUUUGCUACGCCUCAGCCCCAUGCAGGGACGAAGCAGAAAGAACUUGCCGGGUGCGAAGUGUUUAACCUACAGCCUGGCUCUUCAGCCCCUCAACAGCCCCACCGAUAAGGGACUCUCCCCAUUUUAUGGACUAGGAAACUGAGGCUCAGGGGGUCACGAGGCUUGAUCAAGGUCCCACAGGCAGGCUGUGGCAGACCCAGGCCAUGGCUCCAGCCCCGUCUCCUCCAGCCUGUGGUGCCAGGGCCCAGGUGGACCGCUCAGCGGAGGCAACGCGGGGGAACCUGCGCUUGGGGUCUUGACUUAGGGAUGGGCACGGCAUCCUUUCCCUCGGAUGCCAGUCAUGCCAGGACAUGGGCCGGGCCUUGUCCGGGUGGAGAAGCAAUGGCCAGGGGAGGGGCGUGCUCAGCAGCCAUUCAGCCCAGCUGGAUCAGCCCACACCUGCAUCCCAUGUGCGGAGCCUCGGACAACAGAGGAAGCUAUCCCCGGGGCUCAGGGGAGGAGGGCACAGGACCCACAGCCUGACAUUGGCUCUGUGUUAAGAGCAGUGUGACCCCGGCACGUCCCGUGCCCUCUCUGCCCUCCGUCUCCCUGUGGGUAAGAGGACGGAGCCAGACCAGGCACGCAGGGGGCUGGCAUGGUGAGCUUCCUGUGGUUCUGGGUGAGGCUCACGCAGCUGCUCAUGCCCUUUCUCUGCCAAAACGGAGCUGCUGGCCUUGCCUCCCUGCCCGGAGGCCUGGAGCCAGAGGUCACUGUCCCAUGGGCCCGCUGGGGCUGGAGUCCCUGCUCUGCAGCCGGGAUUGACAGCCUGCAGGAGGCGGGACAGACCCUGGGCAGCCCCACCCCGUCCCCGCGGUGGCCUUGGGCAGGCCCCCUCCUCUCUCUGAGCCUCAGUUUCUCACCUGGCAAGUGUGCGGGGUGGGGCGCGGGGGAAGGUCACAGCGCUCGCUGCCGCGUGCUGAGGUGAGGGGGUGAGGGCAGUGUGUGGGGGGUGAGGAGCCCCGCAGCUGUCGAGGGUUCCCCCAAACCCUGCGGGACCCCGGUCGUCCCCACAAAAACCUGUCCCCAUCCUACUGUGGCGGGCGGACAUGCCGGUGAGCAGGGUCCUGAGGAGACGGCGCGGGGCAGUGACGGUUGGAGGAGAGAUGGCGAGGGCUAGCGAUUUUCAGCGACGCCAGACCUGACUGUUAAGUUGCCUCUGUUUCCUUCUUACGUGAGCUUCUGGCCGUCACCACGUCGUUUGUGACAGUAACAACAGCAAUGGCACAGAAGGAAAAAGCAGGGAAGGACACCCCCCAGGAGCGGGUCCCGGCUUCGGGUGACCCCCGUGUCCACAAGCACUUCUCCUGCGGGAGCCGUCAGUCCCCGGCGCCCCGCUUCCCUCGCGCCCGGAUGGGGUCGCUGUGUGCGCUCUGCACGCUGUUCGCACCGGAGCCGGCGGCACGCGGGCCUCGCCCUCCCCCGCUCCGAGCUCGCGCUGCCCCGGCAGCCGGGCCCCGGACCGCCUGAGCUCCGGCCGCUCGGAGCUGAGCAGGACCCAUAUGAAACAGGCCUUAACUGAAAACACGCACAUGCACACGCGCACACACACACACACAGGACCGGUGCACGCACACACGCAUGCACGCGUCACACACGCGAUUCUGCAGGUAGAUCCCGUCUCUCUCGCGGUCUCUGUGGCUUUAGGAAAAGAGCUGGCGGGCAGCUAGCGGGCCGAGUGGCAUUUCCUCUCACCAUACGGACACCUCUGCAGGCCAGUGUGGGCCCCAGGACCGGGAAGACGGACUCGGGGGGUUCGGGGGAACGUGGACAGAAAUGGAGGUGCAGACGCUGCUGAGAAGCUUGCAGCUCACCAGCAGGUCCCAGCUCCACGUAGGUCCCUUCAGGCUUGAGGCUGUGGGGGUGCCCGUGCCCAGCACUGUCCCCAUCCCCCCAGCAGAGCCCACGAACCCCUGUCCACGCCAGGAAGGUGUCCCGGCCCCUGGCCCAGUGCCUCCCGUCCCCAUGUCUACAGGAAGUUGUGCCGUAAGACACGCUCCCCAGGGCCACAGACUUAAAAACCCUGUUGGCUUUUGUUAAUGUUUUUCAACCCGGCUGGCUGGUCUCUGGCAGGAAGGGAGCCCUGGGCGCCUGCAGGGUGGCGUGGCGAGGCCUCAGCACGAGCCCCACGCGGAGGUCGGGGCGUUGUCUGUGGGCUGAGAGGCAGCCAGGUCAUCGCUCAGCCGCCUCUGGGGCCCUCUCCCGCCACGCCCGUCGGGUUGGAAUAGUGGCGGCGACUCCCAGGGUUCUUGGUCUUACUGCUCACCUGGCGGGCAUCAGAGGGGGUCUGCCUGGUCCCCACGGACAUCUGAAAGGUCAGGGGGAGCCAAGCCCCCAGGGAGGGGUGGCACUGUGGCCACUGCCAUCUGCAGCCCCGGAACGCCACCAGGCGGGGUGAUGCAUGUGCCCGCAGACAGCAGACGCUGACCACCUCCUGCAGCCAGGUGCACACCACGCAGGCUCCCCGCCCCUCCUCAGCGCAGGUGCCGGUGAGAGGAUGUUCGCAACUCGGGGUCAGAGCCUGAACACUCACACGCUGGAGGGCAGCCAGGGGAGAUGCCAGGUCCCAGGAAACCAGGGUUCACCCGCAUUCCUUCAUCCAUUCAACAGGUCCCCGCCCCAGCGCUCACCCCUCACCGGGAGCAGGUCCUGCGGUAGGCGGAGGCAUCAGGACACACCCUGUCGGGGUGAGGCUGGGUCACCUGUGCCGGGACUAGCUGUGCCUCGGGGUCAGGAAUGCUUAGAUUCACACAGCGAGCAGGGAGCACUUACCUCGCCGUCCACAGGAGUGACUCGGAGGUGCCCUCCCCCAUCCCCCCCCCCCCCCCCCCCCGUCUCUAUUCCAAGACCCUGCCAGGCAGCUGGUGCUAGAAUGAUGCGUGUGAGUGAGUGGCUGUGGCCAUUAGUCCACGUACCUAAAACUCCUAUCUUCACGUCAGAGCCCGGCCCCAUUUGCCCUCGACAGACUGAAAUCCAGGGCUGCAGCGCCCCCCUCGGGGCACCACUCCCAGGCUGUCGCAUCAAUGAGCUGGGCUCCCCCCGCACCGUUUCUGCAGGCGGUGCCGGGAGCAGUGGCUCCUGGGCUUGUGCAGUGAGGGGCCCACCCACCCUGACCCCCCCUCUCAACGCACGGGAUCCAGACGCACCAAGGCAGGCUGGCCCGAGCGCGUGGUGGAAAGUCACAGGUUGUGCGGCCGCCGCGAGCACACAGUGUGGCCACGCUGGAACCAAACCGGCGACUCGAGAGGACCGCUUUUCAGAGCUGCACCUGUUUCUCACGUGCAGCUCC